CCUCCUCCUCCCCACCAGCCAGCUGCUCCUGCAGAGCCAGCGUGUGUGUGUCCGGGUGUCUGUCUGUCUGUGUGCGCAACAUGGAGGGAGGGACCGGAGCCGCUGCCGCCUUUGCCAGUCUCGCCACGGCAGCUUUCCCUGCAGGAGUGCUAGGAGCUGGGAGCAAGCCUGAUGAAUCCCAAAGAAUGAUGAAGUCCUCUCUCCAUGCAGAAGAAGAUGACUUUGUGCCAGAGCUUCAGAGGAGCAUCCACCCCAGAGAGAGGCCAGACUGGGAGGAGACUCUCAAUGCCAUGGCAAGAGGUGCAGAUAUCCCUGACAUUCCCGGGGAGCUGGCGCUCCGGACCUGCGGCAGCACAGCCAGUAUGAAAGUCAAGAAUGUGAAAAAAUACCUCAACCCGGGACUGAUGGGCUGUGAUGCCUUUCACAGGUUAUCCUUUACCAAGGGGCAUUUCCCGAAGAUGGCUGAAUGUGCACAUUUCCAUUAUGAGAACGUGGACUUUGGCAACAUCCAGCUUUCGCUCCCGGAGGAACAGAAUGAAGUAACGAGGAACGGCUGUGAAUCCAAGGAACUGGUCUACCUGGUGCAGAUCUCCUGUCAGGGGAGGAGCUGGAUUGUGAAGAGGAGCUAUGAAGAUUUCAGAGUCCUUGACAAGCACCUUCACCUCUGCAUCUAUGACCGGCGCUUCUCCCAGCUCGCCGAGCUGCCCCGCUCCGAUGCCCUGAAGGACAGUCCAGAGCUUGUCACCCAGAUGCUGAUGGCUUACCUGUCACGGCUCUCGGCCAUUGCAGGCAACAAGAUCAACUGUGGGCCUGCUCUCACAUGGAUGGAGAUUGAUAACAAGGGGAACCACCUGCUGGUCCACGAGGAGUCGUCCAUUAACGUCCCUGCUAUCGCUGCUGCCCACGUUAUCAAGAGAUACAUUGCCCAAGCAGCAGAUGAGCUGUCCUUUGAGGUGGGAGACAUAGUGUCUGUUAUCGAUAUGCCACCAAAGGAGCUGACCACGUGGUGGAGAGGCAAACAUGGAUUCCAGGUUGGAUUUUUCCCCAGUGAGUGUGUUGAGCUGAUUAACGACAAAGUCCCUCAGUCGGUGACCAAUUCUGUGCCAAAGCCAGUGUCAAAGAAACACGGCAAGCUCAUCACCUUCCUGCGGACAUUCAUGAAGUCGCGCCCAACGAAGCAGAAGCUGAAGCAGCGGGGGAUCCUGAAGGAAAGAGUCUUUGGCUGUGACCUGGGAGAGCACCUACUCAACUCUGGCCAUGAUGUCCCACAGGUCCUCAAGAGCUGCACGGAGUUCAUCGAGAAGCACGGCAUCGUGGACGGGAUCUAUCGGCUGUCCGGGAUCGCCUCCAACAUCCAGAAGCUACGCCAUGAGUUUGACUCUGAGCAGAUCCCUGACUUGACCAAGGACAUCUACAUCCAAGACAUCCACUGCGUGGGCUCCCUCUGCAAGCUGUACUUCCGUGAGCUGCCCAACCCUCUGCUGACCUACCAACUCUAUGAGAAGUUCUCAGAUGCUGUUUCUGCUGCUACGGACGAGGAACGCCUGGUGAAGAUCCAUGAUGUCAUCCAGCAGCUGCCCCCUCCUCACUACAGGACACUGGAGUUCCUAAUGAGGCAUUUAUCUCGACUCGCUGAUUACUGCUCCAUCACAAACAUGCACACCAAGAACUUAGCAAUUGUCUGGGCUCCAAACCUCCUCAGGUCAAAGCAGAUUGAGUCUGCCUGCUUCAGCGGGACAGCUGCCUUCAUGGAGGUGCGAAUCCAGUCGGUAGUUGUGGAGUUCAUCCUGAACCACGUGGAUGUCCUCUUCAGUUCCAAGCUCAGCUCGGUCAUACGUGAUGGAGCAGGGCACAGCUCUUUAUCACGACCCAAGUCUCUGCUGGUGUCCUCCCCUUCCACAAAGCUGCUGACGCUGGAGGAGGCACAGGCACGGACACAAGCCCAGAUCAACUCUCCCAUCGUGGCAGACAGCAAGUACAUAGAAGUGGGUGAAGGCCCUGCAGCUCUGCAGGGGAAAUUCCACACAGUUAUAGACUUCCCAGCUGAAAGAAAAAGGCCACCCAGCAAGAUGAAGAAGUCCCCAGUUGGCAGCUGGCGUUCCUUCUUCAACCUGGGGAAAUCCUCCUCGGUGUCCAAGCGCAAACUGCAGCGCAACCCCAGCGAGCCCUCGGAGAUGAAAGCCAUAGCCCUGGCAGGUGGCCGAGGAGACAGCGGGACUCUGCGCUCGGCCAAGAGCGAGGAAUCUCUGACCUCCCUGCACGCCGUGGAUGGUGAAUCCAAACUGUUCCGACCCAGGAGACCCAGGUCCAGCAGUGAUGCCCUGUCUGCUUCCUUCAACGGAGAGCUCUUGGGGAACAUGAACCGCUGCAACUCCUACGACAACCUGCCCCAUGACGACAGCGAUGGGGACGAGGGCCUGAUCCAUGUUCCUGCCCUCAUUUCCCCUCGAUCCUCUGAAGAUGUGGACCUGAGCCCCCCGGAUAUCGGAGUCGCUAGCCUGGAUUUUGACCCCAUGUCCUUCCAGUGCAGCCCACCCCAAGCAGAGUCCGAGUGCCUGGACAGCAGCACAUCCCUGAUGGAGUCAGUUGGCAUCAAUAAGGACAAGCCAAGCCUGCUAAAGAAGGAUUUAGAAUCAGGCAGCCAGUCCCAGACACCAGGCAGUGCCACGAGCUCUGAGCCGGUCUCCCCUUUCCAGGAGAGGAUGAGUCCCUUCUUUACUCUGGACCUGAGCCCAACUGAGGAGAAGGCCUGCAAACCCCACACCUUCUCCCCCAAGAUGGGGAGGAAGCCCCUCAAGUCUCCACCACUGACUGCAGCAGAACCUGUCUCCUUCACCCUGCCCAGCCGUGCGUCAGAGACCGUGGGAGGAGUGCCCAUCACAUCCAGAAACUCCUCUGCUUCCAGCUGGAGCAAAGGCAUUGGCAUCACUGAAAUCACAAACAGGUCCCCAACCCAGAUGUCCUUGCCCCUGAAAAACAGUGAAACAGGAGCAGGGGAAGGAGCCCACCAAGAGCUGCAGCAUGCCCAGCUAGUGGCUGCUGGCAAGCCAGAGUUGCCAGAAGAAGGGGAGAGACCAAUGUCAAGCAGUCAGAAUAAGACUGUACCCAGUGGACACGCACAGCCAGGAGCAGUUGCCCUCGACUCCCCCCAGGAUCCUGUUCCCGUCAGUUCUGUGUCUCUUAUCCCUCCUCCUCCUCCGAAAAACGCAGCGCGCAUGCUAGCCCUAGCGUUAGCCGAGUCCGCACAGCAAGCGUCCGCUCAGUCUCAGAAAAGGCCAGGAGAUGCUCACUCUGAAAGCACAAAUUACGGAGAGGCUGAAGCUGGCACAGCUCUAGAAAAGCUCCAUCUCUCCGCUGGUGCUCCAGACAAGCUCCACCACUAUUCCGGUCUGCCCGAGAACCGACUUCACUUCCAGGCCGGUGCAGCAGUAGAGCAGGAUUGCCAAGGUAGCGGCACGGCCGGGGAGCAGAACCACCCUCCGGGUGCGCCCGGCAACCAGGACCCCCCACCUCUCCACACGGGCAUGCCUGGGGACAUGCCUGAUAGCAGAGAUGCAGAGCAGGAGCAGUCCAGCUUCCAGCCUGGUAAAGUGGGGGACAAAGAUCCCUUCCCCUCGCAUGCCGGGGACUGGGAGCACACCCAGCACCACGCUGCAGGCCCUCUGCCCGACUGGGAAGCUCCCGCAGCGGAGCUGCCUGUAGAUAAGCCCCAGCUCCGUGCAUGCCUGUCUGGGGACCAGCACCACAUUCCUAGCUGCACAGCCGAGGACAAACUGCAGUCUCCUCCUGUCACAGCCGGGGAGAAAAGCGCCCCGGCUCCAAUCCCUUAUUUAACAACCAUCCAGCCAACAGCCCCCGAGCCCAGGCCAGCCCCGGCUCAGGCCGAUGGCACCGGCACCGCCGCGCAGCGAGCCCUCCCCGCCGGCCAGCCUGCACAGGCGCAGAGGCAGGAUCACCAGGCAGCCAUGGGACAAGUGCCAGCAGGCUCUGCAAAGCCACCCAGCGGCUCCAGCCAGGUAUGGGCCACAUCAGCACCUGAAAAGCCGCCUGAGCCCACACCCGGGUUUGUCUCAGAAAGUAGUUCCACCGCCCGCUGCUCCUCCUCUGUGCCCGCAAGCCACCAGAGCCACUUGGAGAAGCCUCGGGAGCCCACGAGGGCACCCCCGCUGCACCUGCGCUCCGAGUCCGUCCCUACUCACUCCUCCUCCUCCUACGGCUUUGCUCCCCCGGUGCCGCCCGUCAGAACGCUGGAGAGCAAAAUCGCUGCCGCCAUGCACUCGAACAACACGGAGGCCAUUAACAACUCCAACUACCACGCCUUCCUCUCCUCCUCCAUGCUGGCCUCCUCGGUGGAGGAAGCCCUGCUGCCACCACCACCUCCGCCACCUCCCCCUCCCAAGCACGCUUCCCUGCAGUCCGUCUACGUGCCGCACCCCAAACCAGAGAGCAUCCCCGAGCCCCCGGCUCCGGAGGGCUACCUGCACCACAAAGCAGCUUCCGUCCACCAGUACAGGCCCGAGAGCGUCCCUCCUCACCUCUCCUACCACGGCAAGCCUGAGCAGCACCCAGCCUACCCGCCUCGCUCCGAGACGCCCACCUCCGUGGGCACUCGCUACAACACCUACACCACGCAAGGGAAGAGCAGCGCAGCUCUCCACUCCAAACCCCGCAGCCGCACGGAGUUCGUGUCCUCGGUGAGCCCCACGGGCCUGCGGAGCGCCGGCUACGCCGCCGAGGACGCCCCGCCCUACCCCACCAUCCGGCGCGUUCAGUCGCUGCACGUCCCCACCCCCGCCGCCUCCGCCAUCCGCUCGGUGCCCAUCUCGCGGACCGAGGUGCCCCCGGACGACGAGCCGGUGUUCUGCCCGCGGCCCCUCUACCAGUACAAGCCAUACCAGCCCCACUCUGACUACCACGUCACCCAGCUGCAGCCUUACUUCGAGAACGGGAGGGUGCACUACCGCUACAGCCCUUACUCCAGCUCCUCUGCUGCCUCUUACUACGCGGCGGCCGACGGCAGCUUCUACGACCUGGACCCCUACAGCACGGUGCGGGUCAGGCCCUUCCACCCCCUGCCCGGCAGAGACUUCACCUCCUACGCCUCGCGGCUGCCCGGCAAGGGGCUGUACCGUUACCCCAGCCUCAACGCCUACCCUCGCGGCGGCCUCAUCUCGCACCUGGCGGGCAAGGAGCACAGCUUCAUCAGCAGGGACGUGCCCCCGGCCCCGGACGUCAAGCACAUGUACGUGUCCUGGGACCUGGAGGACAUGGACAAGUACCGCAUGCAGUCCAUCCGGCGGGAGAGCCGCGCGCGCCAGAAGGUCAAGGGGCCGCUGAUGUCCCAGUACGACAACGUGGCCCCGCUGCUGCCGGAGGAGCUGGGAGGCCUGGACGUCGUUCACCUGCGCAGCAAGUCGGACCCUGGGAAGAGCGGGCUGCUGGCCGUGGCCGAGGGGAAGGAGGGCAGGUACCCGGCCAAGGCGGCGACACCCGAGGGGGACGAGCGUUACUACCUGCAGCACCCCGAGCCGGAGCUGGACAGGGCUCACUACCACGGCACCUACGGCAACGGGCAGCCCGAGAAGCCCUCCCUGCCCCAGAAGCAGAGCAGCAUCCGCAGCAGGAAGCUGCACGAGCCGGGCUGCAACGCCAGCGAGCACAGGACGCACUUGCAGCAGGAAGCAAGCCAUAGGCAGCCUUCCGAGCCCAAAAACGGAGCCCCUUACCCUGACUACAGGCCCAAAGGGGGCCCAGAGCCCCCCGAACCCAUGGCCUACCAGCACCCGGGCGGGAAGUACAUCCCAGCGAGCCAGGACACCCUGAGACUGAACCACAAGGAGGUGAGGUUGGCGGAGGAGAGGCCGGAUUUGGAGAGGCCUCGAGCCAGGCCCCCGCCACCCAUGGAGAAGCACUCCCGAGACUGCUACAAAGAGGAGGAGCACGCCGCCGCCGCCCCCCCCAUGGCGCCCCCGCCCAAGCCCGAACGCAGCCACAGCCUCAGGAUGCAGCACCCCGAAAGCAUGGAGAGGGACUCUGCCCUCCUCUACCCCUACCAAACCCUUGGGAAACGCCAAAGCACUAUGACUGUGGUGUCCCAGUACGAUAACAUGGAGGAUUACCAUACCAUGCCUCAGCACCAAAGAGGGGGCUACGUCGGAGGCGGGGGGUUUGUGCCCCCCGCUUUUAGCCACGUGCACAGUAGAACUUACGCCACGGCCCUGGGCCAAGGAGCCUUCCUCCCGACGGAGCUGUGCUUGCAGAGGCCCGAGACAGAGGUCCACGUUGAGUGAGCUGGAUGGGGGGGAGGGAUUAAAAAACAAAAAGGAGGGAUAGAGUCUAAGCAGCCUCUGCUGGACAGUGGACUGUUUUAUUUUUUCAAUGAUGGAAAACAAAACCAAACCCAACCCUGCCCCGAUGAGCAAAGCAGACCUCCUCCCCACCCCCCAUCCUUCGGCCUCCACCCCCAGCAGCCCCACCACCACUCACUGUUUUUAUGUAGUAGAGGUAAUAGGUUGUUCACGUAGGUUGAGACAACUGGAAGGCAAGGGCAGGCUGUUGGCACACAGAUGUUGCCAGAGAGGCUGGGCAGAGCUGAAAGUGAUGCUGUUUGGGGCAGGGAGGGAAGGAAAACAAAAAGUCUUUCCUUCCAAGGAUUUGACCUUGGUCAUUCCCACCGCUUCCUCACCAUGCUUCCAUGGUCCUGUGCAUGAUGGACUGUGCAUGUAGCUGUUCUCCCCAUGUGUAGUGAGCUGCCCAUCUCACUGCUAGCUUCCAGCACAGGGUCUACCUGACAUGGUCCCUCUGAGGUUACUCAGCUGGCCAGGGGGAAGAGCCUUCCCAAAUAUUCUCUUCAUAAAUGCUGAGGUCCUGCCUCUCCUUUGCAAAUUAUUGCUUAGGCAUAGCAGAUCCACUUCAGUUGCCUUGAAGUGGGUGGGAGCCUGUUUUUGACUUCAAGCCUGUGGGAUAGGCUCAGGCCAGUUCAAAAUACACCCCACACUUCUUUUUUUAAUCACUUGUGCUCCUGCCUACCAGAAACCAAAUCAAAUUGACUACAAGAACUCAAAUAACAUUAAUGGCUUUAAAAUUCCUCUCUUGCAAGCAGCCCUGGAAGCCAAGUAGGGCACGUUUGGAUUGCUCCUAUCAAAAGGAAUGAAACACAAACCCAUCCACACACGGCUGGGGACAGCACACCCAUUCCAUGCCAGUUCCUCUUAAGGCUACCUACAGUCCAGAUGAUUUAAUACCGUGUCAUGGCUGGCCAGACAGUGUCAUCUCUACCCAAAACAUUACCUAACUAGAAGACCUAA